CUCCACCCUCCUCCCUCCUCCCUCCUCCCCCCUCCUCCUCCUCCUCCUCGGCCCUCCUCUUAUAGCCCAUCCGAGGCCUCCAAGCAAAGUAUUUUUUUGUCACUUCUCUGUCCCCUUCAUCGUCACAACCGCAAUGUCUUCGUCUCCUCCCCUUCUCUUGCUCUCCCUUUCGUUCCUCCUCCUCCUCCUCCUCCCAUUCUCUGCCAUCUCUGCUCCCGUUACCCUCCAACUCAGCCGACAUCCCCUGCCGUCCCACCCCGACCCCCUGCACCGCCUCGCCUCACUCGCUUCCGCCUCCGCCCUCCGCGCAUCCCUCCUCAAGAACCGCCACCGCCACGCCUCUCCGCGUCCUUCUCGCUCCCCUCUCUUCCCCCACUCCUACGGCGGCUACUCACUCACCCUCGCCUUCGGCAACCCGCCGCAGCAAAUUCCUCUCCUCCUCGACACCGGGAGCCACCUCACCUGGGUCCCUUGCACCUCCUCCUAUCAGUGCCGUCGCUGCUCCUCCCCCUCCGCCGCUCCCAUCACCCCCUUCCUUCCCAAGUCUUCUGCCUCCACCCGCCUCGUGGGCUGCCGCAACCCCCGCUGUCUGUGGAUCCACUCACCCGACCUCCUCCUUUCCCGUUGUCCUGCCUGCAACUCCACCUCAGCCGACGGCUGCCCGGCUACCGCCUGCCCGCCUUAUGCCAUCAUCUAUGGUUCUGGCUCCACCGCUGGGCUCCUCAUGCUGGAGACACUCGCCUUGCCCGGCCGCACCGUCCCCGACGUCACCGUCGGCUGCUCCGUCUUUUCCGAACGCCAGCCAGCUGGCGUCGCCGGAUUCGGCCGCGGCGCCCCCUCCCUCCCCUCCCAGCUCGGGUUGAAGCGCUUCUCUUACUGCCUAAUUUCUCGGCGCUACGACGACGAAGCCGCCGAGAGCGGCUCCGUCGUCCUCGACCCCGCCAAGGAGGAUUCCUCCGACGGCCUUAGAUUCACGACCUUCCUCAACAAUCCCGCGGCCGGUGCCGACGAAGGGUCGCCCUUCUCCGUGUACUAUUACAUCGGGCUGCGCGAGAUCGCCGUCGGCGGAAAGAAGGUCAGAGUCCCCCGCUCCGCCCUCGUCCCCAGCCCCAGCGGCGACGGCGGCGCCAUCGUCGACUCCGGCACGACGUUCACGUACAUGGCCCCGCCGGUGUUCGAGCCUGUGCUUGCCGCAUUCGUGGACCGCGUAGCGCACCGGUACAACCGGUCCGCAGACAUGGAGGCCCGAACAGGGUUGCGCCCGUGCUUCGCUCCGCCGCCGGAUGCGACGGAGGUGGACCUGCCGGAGCUAACCUUCCGCUUCAAGGGCGGCGCCGAGAUGCGGCUGCCGCUGGAGAAUUACUUCGUGUUCGCGGGGCCGGACAGGGCCGCGGUGUGCCUCACCAUCGUCUCCGACGGCGAUGGCGCCGCCUCCUCGGAUGUGGCCGGAGGGCCAGCGAUCAUACUGGGCAACUUCCAGCAGCAGGACUACUACAUGGUCUACGACUUGGAGAAGGGGCGGUUGGGGUUCCGGCGGCAGUCGUGCCUCGGGUCGUAGCCAACGGUGUGAACCAAUUAGUUUUCAUUAACCGCCAAAACGUUUCUUAAUCAAAUAAUUAUCGUGUGCUUUUUUGUACGGGAAAAAGGUGGUAAUUGACUUGAUAAAGUUUAAUAAAGUUGCCGUAGCUUUAAACUCAA